UUGAAGAAUAUACAGUAUUUUAUGCUGGUGUCAGAAUUGGUGCAGUACCUCUUUUGUGGUAGAAUAUCCACAAAGGUGUCAGUAAUUGGUGGCCAGGGGCAGACUGACCAUUUGGAAACUCGGGCCCUGCCCGAGGGCCCGGGGUCAGUAGGGGGCCCCAUGAGAUUCCCCUGGUGCCUUUUUCAUAGGCUUUUUUGAGUUUGGGCAAGGACACAGGGGCCCCAUGAUCCCCUAUUGCCGGGGGGCCCCAUGAGUUGUCAGUCUGCCCCUGGCUA